AUGUCGAAAUUUGAUCCUUAUGAGCACCUGAAUGUCAGCCUUAACGACGAUGGCAGUCUCACACGCCAUCUUAACAUCCCUAAACUUCCUGCCACCGGAGAAGACCAACUCUUGCCUGGCCAAACUGUAGUCUCUAAAGAUGUCACUCUCAAUGCAGAGAACAAGACUUGGAUACGCAUUUUCAGGCCAGUGAAAAUGCCCUCCAGUGAAAAAUCCGCUAAACUUCCCAUGAUUCUUUUCCUCCAUGCAGGAGGUUGGAUUGAUUUAAGUGUUGCAAAUGUAUUUUGUCACGAGACGUGUAACAAAAUGGCGCAUGAAAUUCCUGCGGUUGUCAUUGGCCUUGAGUUUCGCCUAGCACCAGAGCACCGACUUCCAGCACAGUAUGAUGAUGCUGUGGAAGCGAUAAAUUGGGUGAAGAAUCAAGCAAAGGAUUCCAAGGGUGAUCAAUGGCUAAGAGAUUAUGCAGACUAUUCAAGAUUUUACCUAUAUGGGGCGAGUUGUGGUGCAAAUAUUGCAUACAAUGCAGCCUUACGCAUUCUAGAAACGAAGAUGGAGCCAUUAAAGAUAGUAGGGCUGAUCAUGAAUCAACCCUUUAUUGGAGGCAAGAAAAGAACAAAAUCCGAGUUAAAAUUGGCAACAGAUCAAUAUUUUCCGUUGCCAGUGAUUGAUUUGUUGUGGGAACUUGCAUUGCCGGAAGGGAUGAACCGCGAUCAUAGAUUUUGUAACCCUUUGCAGGAGGCGGACAAGGAGAAACUGAGAUCGAUUGGGAGGUGUUUGGUUAUCGGAUUUGGUGGCGAUCCGUUGAUUGAUCGACAACAAGAAUUUGUGAAAAUGUUGGUGAUGAGCGGGGUUAUGGUUGAAGCCAAAUUUGAUGAUGUUGGAUUUCAUAACAUAGAUAUGAUUGAUCCCAGAAGGGCUGCUGCUAUUAAUGAAUUUAUCAAAGAGUUCGUUUAA